CGUGCAUCCUCGGCUUGGUGGGGGGGGCGCUCGGCACAAAGAAAGUGGAAAGUUUGCAGCGCAGGGCGGCCCGGGCUAGGCAUCCGGGCGCGCACGUGCAAGGACCGGGGCGCCGGGGGCCCCCACUCCGAGCUCGCUGUUUCUUUUUUUUUUCUGCAAGCGAGGGGGGGGUGUUGUUGGUAUCGCCCCCUCCUUCUCCUCCCCCCAGGGGUGAAAGUGCAAGAGGAAGUGCAGCCGCUGCCAUCUUUCCUCCGCUCCGAACACACGGAGUCCGGGGCCGCAGCGCCGCCGCUCCGCCACUGCCUUCUCCCGGCCCGGGGAAGGGCCCACUCUGACGCCGCUGCCGCCGCCCGCCCGCUCCAGCCGCCGCCACCGCCACCGCCCUCCAGGCUCCGGGAUCCGGCCCGCGCCGCCGCCCCCGUGCGCGCCCCGCCGCCGCCGCCUUCGCCUUUUGUUUCCUCCGCUCCGGCGCCCCCGCCCCGGCUCGCGCUUUGCAGGGGACGCAGCGCGCGCCCCCAGCGGGCCCGGGAAAAGCCGCGGCGCGCGCGCCCGGCUGCGCGGCGGACCCCUCCUUCUCCUCGCGUGCGCGUGCCCCUCUUGGCUGCGCGCCGGCGCCGCCUGGCGGGCGGGAGGGGAGGUGGCAGGCGCGUUUGCUGGAGGGGCGCACCUCUUUGCUCGCGCACCCCCCCGGAAGGUAGACCGGGAAGGGGAGACGGGCGGGCGGAGAGAAGAGAGCAGCGCGCAGUCCAGCGAGGGCGAGGGUUGGCUAUGUGUCGGGGAGUGGUGCACCCCGCAGUCUAGACAGUCCGAUCCGGGCUGGGGGCGUGUACGCUCAGCGCACCUGCGAGACUACAGAGCCCCGGGCCGGCACGUGUGGGGAGUGUGGACGCGUCUGCUGCGCCCCACUUCUCGCUGCCUAGGGGAAGGGAGGGGGCGGGCAGGUGCGGCGGCCGGGCUAGUGGGAGGGGGCGGCGGCCAUGGAGCGGGUGAACGACGCUUCCUGCGGCCCGUCGGGCUGCUACACCUACCAGGUGAGCAGACACAGCACUGAAAUGCUGCACAACCUGAACCAGCAGCGCAAAAACGGCGGGCGCUUCUGCGACGUGCUCCUGCGGGUAGGCGAUGAGAGCUUCCCAGCGCACCGCGCCGUGCUGGCCGCCUGCAGCGAGUACUUUGAGUCGGUGUUCAGCGCCCAGUUGGGCGACGGCGGAGCUGCGGACGGGGGUCCGGCUGAUGUGGGGGGCGCGACGGCAGCCCCGGGCGGCGGGGCCGGGGGCAGCCGGGAGCUGGAGAUGCACACUAUCAGCUCCAAGGUAUUCGGGGACAUUCUGGACUUUGCUUACACAUCCCGCAUUGUGGUGCGCUUGGAGAGCUUUCCCGAACUCAUGACGGCCGCCAAGUUCCUGCUGAUGAGGUCAGUUAUCGAGAUCUGCCAGGAAGUCAUCAAACAGUCCAACGUGCAGAUCCUGGUACCCCCUGCCCGCGCCGAUAUCAUGCUCUUUCGCCCCCCUGGGACAUCGGACUUGGGCUUCCCUUUGGACAUGACCAACGGGGCAGCCUUGGCAGCCAACAGCAAUGGCAUCGCGGGCAGCAUGCAGCCAGAGGAGGAGGCAGCUCGGGCGGCUGGUGCAGCCAUUGCAGGCCAAGCAUCCUUGCCUGUGUUACCUGGGGUGGACCGUUUGCCCAUGGUGGCUGGACCCCUAUCCCCCCAACUGCUGACUUCCCCGUUCCCCAGUGUGGCAUCCAGUGCCCCUCCCCUGACUGGCAAGCGAGGCCGGGGCCGCCCAAGGAAGGCCAACCUGCUGGACUCAAUGUUUGGGUCUCCAGGGGGCCUGAGGGAGGCAGGCAUCCUUCCAUGCGGCCUGUGUGGGAAGGUGUUCACUGAUGCCAACCGGCUCCGGCAGCACGAGGCCCAGCACGGUGUCACCAGCCUCCAGCUGGGCUACAUCGACCUUCCACCUCCCAGGCUGGGUGAGAAUGGGCUACCCAUCUCUGAAGACCCUGAUGGCCCCCGAAAGAGGAGCCGGACCAGGAAGCAGGUUGCUUGUGAGAUCUGCGGCAAGAUCUUCCGUGAUGUGUAUCAUCUCAAUCGGCACAAGCUGUCCCACUCUGGGGAGAAGCCCUAUUCCUGCCCUGUGUGUGGGCUGCGGUUCAAGAGAAAAGACCGCAUGUCCUACCAUGUGCGGUCUCAUGAUGGGUCUGUGGGCAAGCCUUACAUCUGCCAGAGCUGUGGGAAAGGCUUCUCCAGGCCUGAUCACUUGAAUGGACAUAUCAAGCAGGUGCACACUUCUGAGCGGCCUCACAAGUGUCAGACUUGCAACGCUUCUUUUGCCACCCGAGACCGUCUGCGCUCCCACCUAGCCUGUCAUGAAGACAAGGUGCCCUGCCAGGUGUGUGGGAAGUACUUGCGGGCAGCAUACAUGGCAGACCACCUGAAGAAGCACAGUGAGGGGCCCAGCAACUUCUGCAGUAUCUGUAACCGAGGUUUCUCCUCUGCCUCCUACUUAAAGGUCCAUGUUAAAACCCACCACGGUGUUCCCCUUCCCCAGGUCUCCAGGCACCAGGAGCCCAUCCUGAAUGGGGGAGCAGCGUUCCACUGCGCCAGGACCUAUGGCAACAAAGAAGGCCAGAAAUGCUCACAUCAGGAUCCGAUUGAGAGCUCUGACUCCUAUGGUGACCUCUCAGAUGCCAGCGACCUGAAGACGCCGGAGAAGCAGAGUGCCAAUGGCUCUUUCUCCUGCGACAUGGCAGUCCCCAAAAACAAAAUGGAGUCUGAUGGGGAGAAGAAAUACCCAUGCCCUGAAUGUGGGAGCUUCUUCCGCUCUAAGUCCUACUUGAACAAACAUAUCCAGAAGGUGCAUGUCCGGGCUCUUGGGGGCCCCUUGGGGGACCUGGGCCCUGCCCUUGGCUCACCUUUUUCUCCUCAGCAGAACAUGUCUCUCCUUGAGUCCUUUGGGUUUCAGAUUGUUCAGUCGGCGUUUGCGUCAUCUUUAGUAGAUCCUGAGGUUGACCAGCAGCCCAUGGGGCCUGAAGGGAAAUGAGGCAGCUGCUCUGUCCCCACGGAAACAGCCAUUUGGGGACUGUUGGGAAAUGCUGUGAAUGCGGAGGGAAGUGAUGUCUUUGGGUUCUGUAGCUGAGAGAUUUUUAUUCAUUUUUAACUAUCCCCCAACCCUACCCCAACUGCUCCACCACCCAUUCUCCCAGUGGUCUUUAGAAAUAGAUUUUCAUCUGAUAUUCUGCAGAAAUAUCAAUGAGACCCAGUAUGGGAAAAGGGCAUAAAACACUACAUAGGCCUCCAAGGCAAAACCAGUCCCAGUUUCUCUAACGGGCAGAAGCUGGAAUUCCUGGUGCUCAAUUCUUAGUGACCCCAAUCCUAUACCCAAAUCUAUGGUAUUCGGGGACCUCAGUGCUUUUGGUCCUCUCCCACCUCUCUAAUUCCUCAUUACCCCUACCCAUAUCCUUCAAAAGAACCACACUAGGGUCUCCACCCACUUAAACAAUGCGGAUGCCCAACUGUUUUUAAGGAAGCUAGAAGCCUUCAGCAUCCAUGGACCAUGGGGUGAGUGUCCUCUGAGAGCCCCCCUGAGCUCAGCCCUUUGCCUGGAGGACUCCAGACCUUUCUGAGCCCUGCUUAGAGGCAAGCAUUUUCACUGCAAGGACAAGCUCAGGUAUUGAGGACACCCCCACCCCAAAUUUCAGUUCUUACGUGAUUUUAACCAUUCAACUUGCUGUUGGGUUUUAAUUCUCUAAUUAUUAUUAUUAUUGUUAUUAUUUUUUAGGACCAGUUGUAGUGAAUUGCUACUGAAAGCUAUCCCAGGUGAUACAGAGCUCUUUGUAAACCGCAGUCACACAUUAGGGUUAGUAUUAAACUUUGUUUAGAUGUACCAUAAUUAACUUGGCUAGUUGAUUGUUUGAAGUCUAUGGAAGAAAUAGUUUUAUGCAAAAUUUAAAAAAAUGCCAGUCUGGUCAGGGAAGUAGGGGGUUUCAAUGGUGUUGGGAGCCAGGGAGGUAGGAGAGCCAGCAGGCAGGGACAAUGUGUACCUCAGUUGUGCCACAUGUGAGCAAGCCCAGGUUGACCUUGUGAUGUGAAUUGAUCUGAUCAGACUGUAUUAAAAAUGUUAGUACAAUUACUCU